GGCCACCGCCGCUGUGGGGACCGGGGCCUGGACCGGACCCCCACUACCUCCCCUCCCGGACUUGUUAAGGUCGACUUUGGUGGACUUUAAGGGGGGGGGGGGUUUGGAGGGGGGGGGGGGUACCGUUAUACCUGGGUGGCGUCUCUCCCUCCGCCUAGCGGUACUCUCUCUGAACCGUUAACUGUCACAAGAAGUCAGGCGCGCUUGUUUUGUGACUUUUCUGAUUUAUUUCAACCACUUUAUGCACUUUUGUAGUUGCCUUUUUUUUCUUUCUCCACAACAACGUGGCCUCCCGCUCUCGCGCACUUUGUUAACGGCAAGCGGAUGAAAGCUCGGGCCGGGGCCGAGCGAGUCUCCGCGGUGCUCGGAAGGGCCGCCGACCCAGGUCCGUCGGAGUGCUGCGUCAGGGUAGCGACAACUCGGUUCGUAUCGCCUUGAUGGUCGGAGACUGGCUCCAGCGGUCACAGCUAGAGUGCGAUGUUUUCGCACGAGGUUUAGUGAUGAUGGCAGAGAGAUGGGGAUGUUUAUUAUUUCGUGGCUACUUCCCGCUCCCCCCUCCUCCUCCUCCUCUUCUUCCUCAUCCUCAUCUUCCUCCCUUCCUCCUCCCUGCUGUUGCACCAAAUGUUGCCUUGUUGAAGUGACAAACUUGAAUGGUGGCUUGGAGGCCAGCAGCUCCGACUCGGAUGAUGAUGACAAGCUACACAUCGUGGAAGACGAAAGCCCGCCGGACGCCGAUGCCUUCGCUGUUGCGAGGAGGGGCCGCCGCCAUCCCAAAGAUGCAACAGAUACCAACAAUGCAGUAUUAGCACACAACGGAGCCUGGAAUGGAGUGAAACAGGAGGAGGAGGAGGAGGAGGACUGUGUGUCCGGAGAUGAAGAUGAAGAUGGAAAGGUGGAGGCGCAGGUUGUCGUGAAGAAAGAAGUGGAGGAGGAGGAGAUCCUUGAGAAAGAAGGGACGGCCGUCCUCAGCCCGCAAGCCCCCGACGAUGAGCAGAGUCCCAUGGAGACGGGGGGCGCCGACGAAAACGGCACGCCGGACACGCUUCAACUGCACACGUGUCCAUACUGCUCGCGGGGCUACAAGCGCAAUGCUUCACUGAAGGAACACAUCAAGUAUCGGCACGAAACCAGUGAAGACAACUACCGCUGCUCGCACUGCAGCUAUACCUUCACGUACCGCUCGCAACUCGAGAGGCACAUGAGCCACCACCGGGGCAACAAGGAGCAGCGUCACGUGCAGCCGUCCGGUGGUGGUGGAAGUGGAGGAGGCGCUCGCAAGUUCAAGUGCACGGAGUGCUUCAAGGCCUUUAAGUACAAACACCACCUGAAGGAGCACUUGCGCAUACACAGCGGCGAAAAACCAUAUGAAUGCUCCAACUGCAAGAAGCGAUUCUCCCAUUCAGGCUCGUACAGCUCGCACAUUAGCAGCAAGAAGUGCGUGAGUGCGGCUUGCGCCCCCAACGGCCUGGCGCGCAAGCCUGUUAAGUCACCACAGCCCAUCAGCGCCAACCCGCGGGUUGCCAUCACCUCGGCCCGCGUGGAAAGCAAACCACUCCAAGAGCAGCUGCCCCUCACGCAAAUCAAAUCAGAGGUGACCGAGCCCCCAAGCAAGCCGGCCAUUCUGGCGGCACCGGCCGCCAAUGGGGCGGCGCCCCAGCUCCAACAACCCCUGUCUCAGGGUGUAGCUAUGGUGCUCCCAACUAUGGGUCUGGUGCCGCCCAUCAACAUCAACCUAAGUGAGCUUCAGAACGUCCUGAAGGUGGCCCUGGACGGGAAUGUUUUGAGGCAGGUUCUGGGAACUGCCAAUGGGGCAGCGGUGCAGGGCAAGUCGGGAAUCGUGGUACAACAACCUCAGCAGCAGAUCAUCAGCCUGCCUGCCUUUGUGGACCACGACGGGACCACCAAGAUCAUCAUCAACUACAGCAUCGGACCCGCGCCUGCCACCGCUGCCACUACUGUCACCUCUGCCCAACCCAUGCCUCUUUUUGUCAAAAACAACAUUGUCCCAGCUGCACCCAUCCCGACCAAAACGGACAAGCCACCGACUUCUAAGGUGGACCUCAGCUUGGUCAAGGAUGAACCCGAAGAGUCGGUGCCUAUCACGGAAACAAAAACAGACCAAGUGAUGACCGUCAAGAAGGAAGAAGGUGAGGUACCUCCACCCAACUCUGAGUCCAGCACUUGUUCUCUCUGCGAUGAGUGCCCCGAGCAUCUGGAGGCACUGCACUUGCUCCAGCACCAGAAGGCAGCCAAUGGGGAGGCGGUGGACUCGGCCGCCUUGGACCCAUCCUUUGCCGCCUUGCUUAGUGAUGCUGGGGUGACACUGCAGCAGGAGCCAGCCGUGGAUGACCUCCUGACUCUCCUCAAGACCUACUUCGCCUCCAAUGCCAACCCCAACCAGGCAGAACUGGAGAAGAUCUCAGACUCGGUUAGUAUUCCUGUGGGCGUGGUGCGUAAGUGGUUUGCCAAGAUGAACUCUGGGACAAAGAGCUGCCAAGACAGAACAGCAGCCAAACAGACUGAAUCCCUAAACUGUAAGUCGGAGGACACCAAGCAAGCUGCUUCUAGAUCACAGUCUGAUUCCCCGUCGUUAAACGCCAGUGACCUGGUCAUCGUCAAAAGCGAGCCAGAGGACCCCGAGGCUCAAGAGUCCCAGGCGGAACCCUUGGACCUGUCCCUCCCAAAGCACCUCACCACUCCCAUUACUGCUGCACCCUCAGAGGAUGCACCACCUGCCAAAAAAACAUCACAGGCUCUGAAUCUGACCUGCCUGAGGAAGGAACAGGUGGGGGGUCGUACUGUCUAUGUGGCCACGCCCCAGACACGUAGAACCGCUGUCAGCAUUGUACCCAGCUCUCAGCUGCCCACACUGGUGGCCAUCACAGGUCAGGGCACAGUGGGCUGCCUUGGUACCCUGGGGGGCUCGGCCAAGCGCACCAUCCUCAUCCCACAGCUCACCUAUACGUACGCCAACACGGCUGGAGGCGCAGCCAAGACUGUGGUGCUCAACGGACACAAGACGCCGGCCCCGAGUACCGACACUGUGCCGAAUGAGCAAAAGGAGACGUUGGUCAUGAAGAAGCCCCGUCUGGAAAACGGUGUCUAUGCUUGCGACCUGUGCAACAAGGUCUUUCAGAAGGGGAGUUCCUUGCUCAGGCACAAAUACGAACAUACAGGAAAGCGCCCUCAUGAGUGCCCGGUGUGCAAGAAGGCCUUCAAGCACAAGCACCAUCUAAUUGAGCACUCGCGCCUCCACUCGGGUGAAAAACCCUACCAGUGCAACAAGUGUGGGAAGCGCUUCUCGCACUCUGGCUCCUACUCGCAGCACAUGAAUCACCGCUACUCAUACUGCAAGCGAGACGGCUCCGAUUCCGGCUCCAGCCCAGACGGCGAUGCCAACGCCAUUGUUGUGGCCGACCUGGACGCCACGCUGGACUCGGAGGUCGGUGAGAGCGAAGAGGACGAUGAAGCCAUGUGCGUGGACGACAUCCGAGUCGUCCAGGUGGACGACGGCGAGUGCGAAAUUUACGAGGGCAACUUUGACGACGACGACGAAGAAGAUGAUGACGAUGAUGUGGAAGAUGAAGAACAUGACGAAAAGAAGGAGAAAAACCUGGACGUGGAUGAAUUUGCGUGCCAGGUGGUCGAGGUGGAGCUAAAGCAUGAUCAGACACAGGAGUCUGCCAUCGAGCAGAAGGUGGACAAGGCCGAGGCUGCCGGCGUCCACCUGGAACAGAUGGCGGACUGCGCGUACAAAAGCAUCAGGGACUGGUCGGACAGUGAAGAGUCCUCCGAUGACCAAGCUGUGACGGAUACCAAAUAAGCCAACCACCCCCCUGCUCCACCUUUGGGACACUUUUGAGAGCCACACAGCUUCGACUCCGGCUUCUGCUCCUGCACUGGUUCUGGGUCUAGGUCUCCAGUUCAGUAGGGAAUAUAGACCCUUUUGAAAAUGGACCCCUCUUUAGAAUACCGACGAACCCCCUCCCCAAAAUGACUUUGAAACUGUGACAACCUUGAAAUUGGCCGUUACUCUUCUUUUCGUCACAGAAGUAAUGGCUUUACAAUGUUUGGCAGCCCCCAACGCCCCCAAAAAGGUUCAGAAUUGCCUAUAGAUGCCAAGUUGGUGGCAAAGCACUAACUUUGUCAAGAGCAAACUUAUCAACUCCAAUAUAGUUCCUUGGCGCCAAGAUGCCACGAGAUUCUGGCAAAGCACUACUUUUGUCAAUACGAAGCUCCUCAAUUCACUUCAAAAAUAGUUAUUUGCCGCUGUGUUUUUUUUAUUGCUUUUAUUGCUUUUGUCUGAGCACAGAAACAUAAUUAAGGGUAGGUUAAACCCCCAACAACCCCUCCAAAUCUGUGAUUAGGUAAUUUUGCAGAUACUGGACCGCAAAUAUGUGGGGGAUCACUGCACUUAAAAUGUAUGCCUCAGUAUAUUUUAGCCACGGGUGGUCAUAUUCUACGGGGUCCAUUUGCAAUCUUACAAAGAAUACCGGCUCCGACUCUGACUCCAGCUCCGGUCCUGGCUCCAAUUCCGGCUUCGACUUUGACUCCGGUUGGCUGCUUUUCACGGUCCACAACUGUGUCCAAACACCCAGGUGUGCCUGAACUUCUUUUGUUCUUUCUAUCUCGUGCAAAUAUCAGUGUUACAAAUGUUCAUAGACACUUUGCAUCGUGUUACUAACUCAAUUUUUUUAUUUUAUUUUGGGUUGCCAACGUUUCCGACAUCAUCAGUAUUUUCCUCGAGUUCUACGAACAAAAAAAUCAAACAAACAAAAAAAAAAGCGCUGCACUACGGUUUUCCCAUCUGUCGCCCUUUCAGUGUUAAACAGCGUUAGCUGAUGCCAGCUGGCAUUUGUUUUAAUUUUUGACUGUUAGCCUUAAGGAAAACAAAAGACGUAUUCCGCUCGUACCCACCCACGAGCAAAACGGGCGGCGCCCCCCUGCCUUAUGCAAGACCUGCGUGCUGUUAAAGUGCCAUUGAACAGUGUUGUCAAUUGUCUCCUCACUCGGGUGGAAGGUGUUAACACACCUUUGUUACUUUACAUUACAUGUUCUUUUUAAUCGUUUCAUAUGAAGGUUGCUUUAAUGUCUGUUACAAGCGCCCGGCGCCAUGUUUGCGUCUGUUUGACCGCCUGCUAACCACAGCCACCGCAAGCCAUGUCAUCAAAUCAUUUACGUCGUUUUAACGAUUUUCCGCUAAUUCUUUUUUUUUAAAUGACUUUUUAUCAUACAUUGUCAGCCCUCUAGUAAUAAUAAUAAUAAUGAUUUUCAUAAUUUUAAAGAAAAUCUAAAAUUAUAAAUGUUAAAAAUGUAAACAAGUUGUAAAUCAUAAUUUGUACAAUUUUAAUGAUUGUAUUAAUUGAUUUUUCCCCCUUUACAUUUAAAAAUAGAUUUUUUAUUGCAAAAUUUGAUACAAUUCGUAAAGUAGUAAGUUUAAAUUGAGUUACAAAAUCAUAUUUUUCUUUUGUUCACAUUUUAAAAAUGGCUGUUUUCAACACCUAAAAUUUUUUUUCAAAUUUUUUUUAUCUCCACAUUUCUAUGUUCAUUCAAUACAUCAUUCAUAAAGGAAUGUUUACAAGUUUGCUUUUUAAAUUAGUACACAAUAUCAACGGUUUUCACAUUUCUGUUAGAUUCUGAAAUGUUGCAUCAAAAUUAAUACAUUGGGAUUUGUAAACCAGUAAAGAUUCAAGUUAAGGUUAAAAAAAUAGCAGCACAUUGUUAAUGAUUUUAACCAUUUUUCAUUGUGAUUUGUAAAGUUUCCUUCUAUAAAAUUGCUACACAAUUUGGGCCAUUUUAAUUUAAAUAGCCAUACAUUUUAAGGGUUUUUGUGUGUGCAUUAUGCUAAAAUUUACGAGAUUAGCCCCCGCCAAAAAGAAAUCGCAGACAGUUUUUUUUCAUUUUAUUUUCAUUAUAUUAGGUCCAUUUUGAAAAUGUUUUAAAUAAUUAGGAUCACAAUUUUAUGGAUUUUCUGAAUUCGUUUUAAUGUAUGCAUAAACAGGUAGUUGAUAUAAAAAAAUCUACAUAUAUUUUUUCCUUAUGAAGCAUUAAAAGCUCAUUGAUAAAUUGCUUCAAAAAUAGUUUUUCUUAAAUUUCUGAAAAAGAUUUUGUGAAAAUUUCAAUUUAACUCAAUGUUAUUUAAACUUUCAUCUAAAAUCACUUGACUUAGGGACAAUCAAUGUCCCAUUCGCAUACUUCAAUAAUUUUAGCAAUUAAAAAAAAUUGUGAUUUGUAAGGCGGUAAAAACUCAAGCUGUUUAAAUAAAUGGAAACAAGUCAAAGAUUUUUUCUGAUUUUAUUUCCAUUUUGAAGCCAUAAAAAAGUCAAGUUUACAACUUCUACAACAUCCACACACAUUUUAUUAUUUCAGUUUAAUUUAACACCUAAAACGGUCACACUUGAUUGAAUUCUGCCCACUUGCGCACUUGUUCAGGUUGAAAACGGUGGCGUAAUGUCCUGCACUUUGGGCGGCAAACAUUGACCUACAUGGCACUCGCGCGUGUCCUCCAUUUGUGACUUUACCGAAACAGUAUUUUUUUUGUUGUUGUUGGGCUUGAACGUGUGUUUUUAACCAAGCCAGUAUUACAAAGUCUGUACACAAUCUUUUUUUUUUUUUGUAUUAUUUAUGGGGUUGUUUUUAUUUUUAUUUUCCUUAUGUUGAUUAUUUAUUACGCAUUAUUAUUGGUAGUGUACAUGACUUUAGGAUGGAUUCAUAACAAUAAUAUAUUUUAGUAUGAAAAACAACAAAUCCAAGAAACUAAGCCCACUGCUUGGUUAUGGGACUUUUCUGGGUUUGUUUUACAGAAAAAAAAAACAAAAUAAAAA